ACAAACAAGCAGCCAGAAAACGCACAGCCAUAUAGAACCAAAGAGAGAGGAGAGUUCUGGGAUGUGGACUGGAGUUUUGGAUGGGCACAAAAGAACCUCUAGAUAGCUCAAUGGGGUAGCCGUACAGACCCAUUUGGUUCCCAGGAUAAACAUAAACACAAUGAAGUGCAUCAAGAGGCCAAGAGGGAAGCCAUACCAGUGACAUUUUGAGUAUGUGACAGUGACAUGGUGAGAAGCUGACCAUGGGUGACUGGAACCUGCUGGGCAGCAUCCUAGAAGAGGUCCAUAUACAUUCCACCAUUGUGGGAAAGAUCUGGCUUACUAUACUCUUCAUCUUUCGCAUGCUUAUUCUGGGAGCAGCUGCUGAGGAUGUAUGGGAUGAUGAGCAGUCAGAGUUUGUCUGCAAUACUGACCAACCAGGCUGUAAGGCAGUCUGCUACGAUCGUGCUUUCCCCAUUUCCCUAAUUCGCUUCUGGGUCUUGCAAGUGAUUUUUGUGUCUGCGCCUUCACUCGUCUACAUGGGCCAUGCUCUUUACUGCAUUCGUUCAUUGGAGAAGGAACGUCACCGACGACGGGCCCAGCUAAAGGAGGAGCUUGAUGAGGCUGAGUUGGCGUUGGAUGAACAAAAGCGGGUGGAAAGAGAGCUGAGGAGAUUGGACGAGCAGAAGAAGGUGAAGAAGGCACCUCUGAGAGGCUCUCUAUUGAGAACAUACAUCAUCCAUAUCCUUACACGCUCCGUGGUGGAGAUCUGCUUCAUCCUGGGCCAGUAUAUACUAUAUGGUGUCCAGCUGGAGCCUCUCUAUAAGUGUGAGAGACUGCCUUGCCCCAACAGCGUAGACUGUUACAUCUCUAGGCCCACAGAGAAGACGAUAUUUAUGGCCUUCAUGAUUGCCAUCGCUGGUGUCUCACUUUUCCUAAACAUUCUAGAAAUAUCCCACUUAGGUAUCAGGAAAAUCAAACAGGUGUUGUAUGCAGAGAGGUACACAGAAGAUGACAGUUUGAUUUACAAGUCCAAGAGGAAGUCGUCCUUACCACAUCUCUGUGUAACAAGCAAUGUAUCACCUCACGAUGGGCCUUUAACUCAAACCUUCAAAGUGAUUCCAGGGGCGGACCUGAAACCGAGUCAUUACAACAGUGGGCUCAAAGCCAAUCAGGACGCACCAAGACACAACAGCUUGGCUCAUGUGGGGCACAGUCAAACCAUCUAUAUCUAUCCCCAAGCAAGGAAUCCACCCACGUCUGCCCUGAGCUGUGCAAUCCAAGCUCUCCAAACUAGUGAGGGUUCAGAGGUCCCCACAAACCUGGACCUCACUCAAGCCUGGAUCCCUGUCAUGUCCACUGCAGAUGGGACUCAAACAAGCCACAAGGACAUUCAUGAGGAAGACCAUCCUCACCCCAGCCAUUUGGAAGCUCUGCUGGCCAGUAGCAAUGUCAGGCCCAGAGCUAUUCCAAAUCUUAAUGAAAAUGAAAGAAGGGAGUCAGUGGGGAGCGAGUUCCUGAUCCCCAACACUCGGAAGACUAGCUUUAUGAUCAGGCCACCAUCUGAGAGCUUGUCGUCCAUGACUGGCUCCACAAGUCCCUCCUUACAUACAUCAGAAGAGUCAGAUGAACUGGGGUCCUUGCAGGGAGACAUGCCGAUGAUGCCACCAGCCGGAGGCCGAAGAAUGUCAAUGGCAAGUAAACAGCAGUCUCAUGUGCCUAAAUAACAGAACACAAUUGUCCAGAAAGUUGACCUCACCUAUUCAAAGUCUAAAUUAGACUGUACAGUACUAUAAUUAUAUACACACAGAACUGUAUGUGUAAUUGUAGAUACUCUACUUGUGAAUCUAGCUAAGGCCCAGUACUAUCGAUUCAGUAUUCUGUGGAAAUAAUGAUUAGAAUUCCAAAUUCCCCUAAAUUAUUAGAGAUAAAGGCAUUAAAUGGCUUCUCAUUUGUUUGACCUCUUGUCAGAAAUUUAAGGACACAUCAGAGUUACAGAGUUGGCAAAUAAUUAUUUCACUAUAAUUUUAAUUGAAGAGCUCAAAAUGUCAGUCCUAAUGAAAUAUUCAAAAUUGGAACAUAUUGUAUUUUUAUUUUAUG